UGGUUAGUUUAUCCCUCAAAAAGGUUUGAAAGCAUAGUGUGAUUAUAUAUAGCUUUGUUAUAUUCAAAAUAACCAAAGAAACAAAAAAGCAAGGAGAUGGAGAAUAGUAAUAGGGAAAAUCAAAUGAGAAAUGGUAACUAUGAAUUGGGAUUAGGAGGAAAAGAGCAUAAAGUGACUGAGCUUGGUAGUAUUGACACACAAAGAUUACUCUUAGCUAAUGGUGGUGAUGGUGAAGCCAUAAUAAAGAAACAAAAAUAUCUCACAAAUUCACUUUGUCGUAGACAAAUGAAAUCUCUCAGUGUUCUCGCAGAUACUAUCUUACCUUCAAUCAAUGACUUUGUUGCCAUCAAAGACGAUGAAUCCGCCGCUACCUUCUACCAUAUUUCAGCUUCCAUGGCUGGAACACCUGAACUUGUUGGUGGUGUAAUAAGUGAGAGAUUGAAUUAUCACCCUAUGACAUGGUUACUAAAGUUUGUGUUGUGGUUGCUAUCUACAUUGGUUGGAACAAUCAUUUUAUGUGGUAUGGAUUGCUUUUCCACCAAGUUCCCUUUUAUCCACACUUUCCCUAAUUUACCUCUUCACAAACGCCAACGAAUUAUGCAAUCUUGGUCUCUUAGUUUCUUUCGUCACCUUAGGAUGUUUUUCAAAACAAUCAAACUUCUCACUCUCCUUGUCUUCUUCACUCAGAUAGAUGAAUCAGAAGACAAUUGUUCAUGGAAAGCAAUUGGAUACUGUGGACCUGAUCCAGAAUUCAAAGCUCAGUUAAGAAACCAUUUUUUACAUCGAACAUGUAAAGGAGGACAAGAGUCUGAGGAAGGCGAUGAAGAUGACGCCGAACAAGUCAUAGGGCCUCUUUACAAAGGUCUUGUCCAUCUGAACUGUCCAAGAGACAUCACAGCAGAUGCUCUAAGACGAUUUGGAUUUCCUGUCUCAGUUACUCGUCGAAAGCCAAAAGCUGCUGCAAACUUGUCAUCUCCUUCUUUAGUUAUACAAUGUGAUGCAGUGGUAGUUGGUUCUGGUUCAGGUGGUGGACUGGUAGCUGGAAUUCUAGCUAAAGCCGGUUACAAAGUGUUGGUUUUGGAGAAAGGAGGAUAUUCUGCUAGGAGCAAUCUUUCGCUUCUUGAAGGACCAACUUUGGAUCAAAUGUACCAAUCUGGCGGUAUGCUUGCAACUGAUGAUAUGAGUGUGUUCGUAUUAUCAGGAUCCACUGUUGGUGGAGGCUCUGCUAUCAAUUGGUCUGCAAGCAUCAAAACACCUCAGCAUGUGUGCAAGGAGUGGUGUGAAAAACAUGGACUAGAAUUAUUUGAAAGUGAGUUGUAUAGAGAAGCCAUGGAUGUUGUUUGUGAGAAAAUGGGAGUUCAAUCUGAGAUAGAAGAGGAAGGUUUCAACAACACGAUUCUGAGAAGAGGGUGUCAAGAACUGGGGUAUCCUGUGAGUACCAUUCCAAGGAAUUCUCCGUCGGAUCAUUACUGUGGCUGGUGCUUUAUGGGGUGUAAGGACGGGAGGAAGAAGGGUACGUCGGAAACAUGGUUAGUGGACUUGGUGAAAUCGGGGAAUGGAGCGAUUCUUCCGGGUUGUGAGGUGUUGAAAGUAUUGUAUAAGAAAAAGAAAGGAAGUGAUCAAAAGACCGCGCGAGGAGUGGCGUUUGAAUUUGAAUACAAAGGAAGUAAAGACAUUUGUGUGGUGGAGUCCAAGGUCACAAUUGUGGCGUGUGGAGCACUCAAUACUCCUGCAUUGCUUAAAAGAAGUGGCUUAAAGAAUAACAAUAUAGGGAGGAACUUGCAUCUCCAUCCGGUGGUAAUGGCCUGGGGAUACUUCCCAGAUUCAUCUGCAGAAUCUACAGGUGAAACUGAGGUGUGGCCGGAGGCAUGGAAAAAGAGUUAUGAAGGAGGGAUAAUGACAGCAAUGUCUCCUGUUGUUGCAGAGUUUGAAAACUCGGGAUACGGUGCAGUGAUCCAAACACCUGCAUUGCAUCCCGGUACUUUCUCGAUUGUCAUGCCGUGGAUUUCUGGGAAAGACAUAAAAGAUAGAAUGCGAAAGUUUUCAAGAACAGCUCAUAUAUUUGCACUGGCAAGGGAUAAAGGAUCGGGAAAAGUAGAUUCCCCGAAUCGCAUCAAUUAUCAGAUGGAAGAUGUAGACGAAGAGAAUUUACAGAAGGGAAUUGAAAAGGUACUUAGAAUUCUAGCUGCCGCUGGUGCGGAAGAAAUUGGAACUCAUCAUAACAAGGGAAGGACCUUAAAUGUAAAGCAAGCAAGCAAAUUGGAACUCGAGAAAUUUGUUAAAGAGGAAAGUUCAAGGCCGUUAACAAAACUUUCGACACCAUUGUGCUCCGCGCAUCAGAUGGGGAGUUGUCGGAUGGGUUCGAAUCCGAAGGAAUCAGCAGUGAAGCAAACAGGAGAGACAUGGGAAGUUGAGGAUCUUUAUGUGGCAGAUUCAAGUGUCUUCCCUACAGCUUUGGGUCUGAAUCCAAUGAUCACUAUUCAAUCAAUUGCUUACUGCACUGCACAAUCUGUUCUUCAUGCUCUUAAAAGGAAAAGAAGUAAAUGAAAAAAAAAAAACUUUUCCUGCUUUUGUAAUUUGUAGCCCCAAUGCCACUAUAUGUUCAUAGCAGACCUGAAAUCCUUGUUCAAAUAACACAGUAUUCCAAAAAAAGUAUUGAAAAUUGCCAUAGUUUUAGAUACUUGUUCAAUAAGGCCAUCAAAUUAUCAGAUAAAUAUGUAACCAUGAAAAUGGCACACACAAAAGGGGAACUAUGUAAUUUCUAUAUCAUAUUAUAUAGCAAAGCCUUUAAUUUUUGUUUAAA